AUGAGCGAUCUAUAUUGUUAUCAGUCAUUGUAUUUCCCUUCCUUCGCCGAACUUAAUGUUCUUCGUGGGACAUUCAUCGCCAACUGUAUCCUCAACGGGUUUUUAACCCAUACUGCCAUCAUGUUGAAUAUUGUGACUAUCUACGCGAUUUGGAAAACUUCAACGAUACCAAAACCUGUAAAAACUUUACUGCUAAGUCUUGCUUUCUCUGAUUUUGGUGUUGGUUUGUUGGCUCAACCCAUUUACACUGCAUUUCUGGUCAGCUGGCUACAACUGAACGAUCCCAGCUGUUACGUUUACCGACUGUUCUCUAUUUGCGGUUACUUGUUCUCGAUGGCUUCGUUCUCAGCUGUUGUGGCUGUAAGUGUAGACCGGUUCUUAGCUGUUCACCUUCAUCUCAGAUACCAUGAAUUUGUGACUCACAAGCGUGUUGUUGCUGUGGUGAUCUCCAUAUGGGUGUUUAGUGCAUUUGUUUCUUCGAUGGUAUUAUGGGCUCCGGUCAGUACUUUAAAUAAUAUGAUUUCAUUUACUGGUGCUUUUUGUUUUAUUGUAAAUGCUGUGAUGUACAUCAGGAUUUAUUUAAUUGUCCGACAGCACAAGAAUCAGAUUCAAUCCUUGCAAGUAAAUGAAAGAUCUCAAUCUGGUGAGAUGACAAAUUUUGCAAGCCUCAUUAAAUCUACCGUUGGUGUAUUCUAUGUGUAUCUCGUGUUUCUGAUUUGCUAUCUGCCUUAUGUUAUUUCUGUGGUUGCCAUCAGAAUCAACGGUCCGAGUAUCGCUUUCAAGAAAGUUUUUCUCUUCUCAAUGAUUUUCGUGAAUCUUAAUUCAUCUCUGAACCCUGUACUUUACUGCUGGAAGAUGAGAAACAUUCGAAACGCUAUCCUGCACAUAUUGCGGAACAUGUCGUGGAACAGAAACAAUCCUUCACACUAG